AUGAACCAGGAAAGCGGCGUUGUCUAUGCACCACAACAACGGCAGCGACGGGCUCGUUUGAAUCGAAAGAGACAUGAACGUAGAGCACGCAUGCCUGACCGGUUAAAUAAUCAAACUGAUGCUCUGCCAGUCAAUAAUCGUUUCGCCCAUUUUGAAACAAUAGACCAAGACGAAGUUAAGCCUGAUGAAACCACAUCGGCUGUACCGUCGGCUAUAAGUAAAAAUGAAAAGGCACCGACGAAAAAACCGAAAAAGUCGAAAAAAACUAGAAAGGCAGAAGCUCAAAUAAUUAAACCAGUCGCAUUGGCCCUAGACG